AUGAUGACGCCGACGAAAGACGAGGUCGGCGCCACGUUAAGCUCAAGCACGGACGCCGAUGGCGCCAGCAGAAGCAAGGCAAGAGACGUGGCCCGUGGAGCAGUCGAGCUUCCUCUCCACCUUACCGAGAAGAUCCUUUGCUGCAUCAACCCGCUCGCGUCGGCUCGCCUCGCCACCGUCUGCAAGUCCUGGGCGGCCACCAUCUCCGAGCGGCUCGCACGGCCUGUUCCCCACCUGUUCGUGUACCUGCCGGCUGACAACAAGUCAGAUCGUCGCGGCCGCGUCGUUUCCGUCCCGAUAGCCUACGACGGGGACGACGACGUCGGCGGAGCGCCCCCCGUACCGGCGGUGAUCCCGAACCGCGUGCUCUUGGCAGAUACGAAUGGCCUGGCGUGCAUCGGCGCCAUGCCCAGUGGUCAUCUGGCCUUCGCAAGUUGGUGGAGCAAGAUCUUGGUCCUGAUCAACCCGAUCACGGGCGCCCGGCAGAGCGUCCAAGCGGAGGAACCACGUCGGAGUCUAGUUCUGGCAGCCGGCGGCGGUGACUCCUUCAUCUCCGUCGGCACCGAUGAGCACAUACUCUCGCGGCGGGCUGGCGGCGGCGAGGAGUGGUCCAGGUGGACGGUACCGGCGGCGGCCGCGCACGGGAUCGUCAACAUCAUAUCGGCGGCCGUCUGUAGCGGCGGCUGCUUCUACAUACUGGACGACGACGGGUACGUGUCCGUGAUCGACGUCGCUGGACCACCGCCGCUCCGCAUGGAGAAGCUCCCGGUGGCGAGCCUGUUUGACGGUGACCACGCCGUGGCCUCACCGGCAGUCCUCAAACCCCCCACGAAGGGCCAUCUGCUCGAGUCCGACGGGGAGGUCCUCUUCGUCCGGCCAGUGCUUGCGUUCAAGGACGAAUUAUUCGGUGCCGGCGGCGGGACAACGUUCUGCAACCACGACGCGGCUGUGUUCCUCGCCGUCCUUGGCUUCGAGGUGUACCGGCUAGACAUGAAGGACAGACGCUGGGCAAAGAUGGAGAAGCUGCCGGGCGACCGGGCGAUUUUCGUCAGCCCCGGAUCGUCGUUCGUGGUGCGCACCUCGGAGACAGUGGGCUGCAGGAGCAACUGGAUCUACUUCGUCGGCAACAAAUGGUACUGCUCCUUGUGCAACAGGGACGCCGGCAAAGCCUGGGGUGUGUACUCCAUGGAAGAUCGGGAGGUAUUGUUUGAGCAUGCUGUAACCGAGCCGGGGCCAUGCUCGGCGGCGACGUGGUUCUUACCUCGUGUAGUCUAA